AUGUUGCUCGAGCGAAUACGGCGGGAUAGUGAACCGCCGUUCUCCAGCUCCACAUCACGGACCUCUUCCCCACAGCCACAACUUGCCCUCUCGGCGCCUCCAUCCGGGAAAGCGUCGCACGAGAUAUCCAUCCCGGAGAGGAAUGACGAAGAUACCCCGCCCGUAUACCUGUCGAAACUGUUCGAAGCGAUGAGCAAGAGCGUUGUGGCUUCGCUAUUGGCGCGAAACGGUGAUACGUUCCACCUGGCUGUGCUCAAGGCAUACAUGGAAACAUUUGACUUUGAGAACGAUCCCAUGGAUAUGGCUUUACGAAAACUUCUCAUGGAAGUCGAAUUGCCCUCGGAAACGCAACAGAUAGACCGCGUCCUGCAGGCGUUUGCGGACCGUUAUCACGAAUGCAAUCCUUUCGUUUACAAGGAUGGAGAUCAAGCAUAUUACAUUGCUUUUUCGUUGAUUAUGCUUCACACCGAUUUCUUCAACAAGAAUAACAAGCACAAAAUGCAGAAGGCGGAUUAUGUCAAAAACACCUCGAGAGCCCUCGACAAGGAGGGUAUUUCGAAGGACAUUCUGGAGUGCUUUUAUGCCAACAUCAUUUACACUCCGUUCAUUCGCCUGGAAGAUGAGUUCGAUAUCAAUGGCCAGAAGAUCGUACCCCAUCGUCCGAAGAAGAGCAUGUUUCACCGUGCCGUCAACUCGUAUGAUGGGAAGCGGAUCAAAGAGCCGGUGGACCCAUACCUGUUGAUCAUUGAGAACCGACUGGAUCUUUUGCGGGCCAGCCUGAAGGAUGUCGUGCAAUUCGACGACCCGUACUCGUACACAGGGACCGCUUCCCGACUGGACAUGACAUCCCUGCACAAUGCCUUCUUCAAGUCGGCAGUACUGCAGAUUGUCUCGGCACGUUCGCGACCCGACGCUUUCAUGACGCAACAAUCGACGGAAAAUCCCGAGCAAGCGGAUCCCGGAGUCGUGGAGAUGAAGGUGACGAAAGUCGGACUGCUCUGGCGGAAGGAGCUCAAGAAGAAGAAGACGAGGAGUCCAUGGCACGAGUGGGGUGCCAUCCUGACGGGAUCCCAGCUGUACUUCUUCCGCAACAUCACCUGGAUCAAGAGCUUGAUGCAUCAAUACGAGCAACAUCACAAGCUAGGGCCUGGUACACCGGUCAUCUUCAAGCCGCCGCUCGAGGAUUUUAAGGCGGACGCACAGAUAUCGACCGACGAUGCCGUCGCGCUGCUGGAUAAGAACUACAAGAAGCAUAAGAAUGCUUUCGCCUUCAUCAGGCACGGCGGAAUCCAGGAGUAUUUCAUUGCGGAUUCUGAGGUGGAAAUGAACGAUUGGCUGGCAAAACUCAACUAUGCGGCUACCUUCCGGACGGCUGGUGUGCGCAUGCGCGGGGUCGUCGGUGGGAACUAUGAUGGACAACGCCUGAGGGGAAUCCGGCGGAUGGAGACCGCUCAGCAAUCGCCAAACGGCCACUCGGUGAUCACACCCACCGGGGAACUGGCCGCCGAGAUAAUCGUCAGAAGGAGGGAGGUCGUCCAGAAGAGGAUCUUUGAUUCGGAGGAGCGUCUGGCCACUGCGAACCGGGAACUGCAAACCCAUCUCAGGAACGGUAGACACUUGACCAUCCUCACACCGAUCCAGCCCAGGACGAGAGAACAGGUGGUCAUGGCGGCAGCUACGCUCGCGGCCAAGUUGCAGUGGGUACGGAUGGAGAUGUGGAAGCUGCGGUGCCAUCGCGACAUCCUCGCUCUCGACCUGGACGAAGAACGCAAGACCGUGCAGGAACAAGUCAAGAGGGAUCUCGUCAUCACCACACCGAUUCCAUCGUCUCGUAUAUCUCCGAUCCCGUCCGCGCACGGCUCUCCCACCAUGGAUACCGGUUCCGGAACACAGACUCCAACACAAGCCAUCUUUUCUCCGCAGGCCACCGAACAGUUGUCUCACGUCUCGUCCCGCUCUUCACACGUGACGAGCAGUCACAAGAGCAUUCCCUCCACCGAUCGCGAUCACGCCGGCUCGCCGCACGAACGCACCGGAAGAGAGUCGGCGUUGUCCGCUGUGCCUAGGCCUCGUUCACCUUCAGGCUCGUCAGCCAGGAUGCUUGGUCGGUCUUCUCGACAGAACAGUAUGGAUACCACCGACAGUCGCCGAUCGAUCAGCCCAGCGAGAUCUCACCACUCCAGCCUGGGAGUCGACCGGGAUGAUGACGACCGGGAGAGCGGAAAGGACAAGGGCAAAGGCAAAGGCAGAGAGAGCCGACCCAGUGUACGCAGAAGCCUCCAGCGUACCCUACGCGAGAGCCAGGGAAUCGGCCAUCGCAGGGGCAAGUCCAACGGCGAGGAGAAUACCGUCACACCCGAGAAGAAGGUGAGUACCGAUGAAGGACUCGCGCGCGUUGCCGGUAGCUUCACGGUUCACGGCAAGAAGGCGAGCGUCAUCACCUUCGGCUCCGAAUGGCAGAGCAUAUCGCCCGAGGACCGCCUCAAGCGUCACAAAUCUACCCAAGCGGAUUCCGACGCAGGCACUCUUCACGGUGGUGGCGGCGGCGAAACUGAGAGCAUGCACAGCGCCAUGAGCUUCAGCAGGCGUGAGAGCCAGGCGACGGUCUCGAAGAGGGAUGAUGUGGAAUUGGGAACAUCAUCGACGUCGACACUGCAGUUGGUCCACAAGCCGUCCUUCAGUCGCCGCGGAAGUAACACCAAAGAGGAGCAGCUAGCCGAGGUGCCCGAAGUCAGCAGUGCGGUCGAGGAGAUGAAGUUGAUCGUGAAGUUGAAUGGGGCUGAGAACGAUGAGGUGGCAGCAGCGCAGAAGGAGAUUGAGGUUGUUGUUGCGCCCACUUCCGAUCAUGCUCCAUAG